AUGGUGUGGGGAUGCACUUUUCACGAGUUUUAUUCGAAGUAUGGCGACUCGUGGAUGGACAUGAAGGAUGAGGAUGUUGUGGUCGACAUGACAGCGGAGUGGGAUGAUUUGUUGACGGUUGAGGCGGAUCUCGGGUUGAUGGCUAUGCUCGUUUGCGCUGCGUGCUACAAAGUUGGCAUUUCUCACGGGAACCGCAAUCAUCACAAACCAAUGAUCCCGGUUCUUGGAGGAGCACAGAUCAUUGCCUUCUGCGGCCUCAUCGAGACCACGGGCUUCUUCCAGGCAUCGUCCACCACGGAUGGCCGUGGCCCUCGCGAGGGUCAGUUCUCCAUGAAGGACUCCACCGAGUCUGCCGAGCGCAUGCGUGAGAGACCCCUCCCAGAGGGGCAUGCGGGCCACCAUUGGUGGUGCGAAGUUCUCUCAGAGAUCUGCUGCCGUGUCAUCUUCCUUUUCUUCUUCAUUGGCAGCAUUGUUUGCAAUUCGAUCGGGCAUGCGGUUAGGGGCUGCCCGAGUUACCUGCAGUACGAGGGCUUUGGUGAUGGCCGCGUUUUCUUCUCCAAGUUCUCCAUUGGCCUCAUCUGUGCAGUGUGGGCAUGCUGGUUGACGCACUGGCAUGCCUGGCUUCGCCGUCGCUUUGAGUGGGAAGGCGUUUCGCCUCUUCUUCCUUUACCUGCUGCUGGGCUUUGGGUGCUCGGUGGCUGGCUUAUUCUUUGCCUUUUGGCCCUAGUGAUGGAGGGCUACUUCGAGGUGCCAGUGUUCAGGCUGGCAUUGCACAUGUUGGGGAUUCUCCGGAUUCGAGUUCCUCAGAUCAUGGCGUUUCAGUUCCACAGCCGGUUGUUGGUUCUCUGGCUGUCAAUCCUUAUGCUUUUCAUCGGGUGCUUGCUUGAUCGGCUCGUCUGGCCGGCUCCACCCGACUUGCUCGGAGCUGGAAGGGUGCGCGGCUGGGUCGCCGUGCCUCGGCCCAGCCCUGGGCUCUACGUUGUCGAGGGCGUGUUCGACUUCCUCGUGGUCGGCAUCCCUCUGUUUGUGCCUUGGUGUGUACAGGUGAGCGGCAUGCUUGUCAAUAUGGCGGCGAACCUCUCCAGGAUGGUUGCAGUAGUGGAGUUGGAGAUGGUGUGGCUGAUGAUGGAGCUGGGGCUUGCUAUGCUUUGGCUUGGUGCUCUGAUCAUGGUGCCGGUGGAGGGUCGGCUGUUGGAGCCUGUUCAUGUGGGGCCGGAGGUGUUUUGGCCGAGCAUGGUGGUGGAAUCGGGGCCGGAGGCGCUUUGGCUAGUGGAUGCGGCGCUCUGGCGGAGGAUGGAGGGGGAGCUGGGGCCGGAGGUGCUUUGGCUCUGGAUGGCGCUAUUGACCCUCUUCGUGGCGGUGCUGGCCGCUCGGCUGCUAUGGGAGGUGGUCCGCGCAUUUCGCUGGGCCUUCGCGGCCAUACUGGAGAUUAUGUUGCUCGGGCAGCUCAUGAUGGGGCUGGAGGGGGCGAUCCACCUUGGGCGGGCACCCUUGCUGCGCUCCCUUUCGCCAGGGUGCUUGACAACGACUUCCUCGGGUGCGGGCCCUUGCCUGCCACUUCUCCUAGCCGCAUUCGGAGGAUCGAUUACGCUGUGUCUUCCAGAAUGGUGGAGGUUGAUGAAGCGAGGUGGGCCCGCAUCUGGCGUGCCAGAGCUCGCAGCUUUCGUGAGGCGCUCGCAGGUGAGCGGGUUGAGGCUGGCCCCUGUGUGGUGCCACGGCAUGCGCUUUGGAGUCCUAGACGUCCCCGGGACAAGCAUCGGGCCGCGGCGGGCACCGAAUCUCUCCUUCUGGCGUCUCCAUCGGCGGCUGGCUCAUCUUGCUCGGGUGCCCUCUGACACUCCUUUGAUUCGCAAGGUGCGGUGCGAUCUUCAUUUUGCUGCUGAGACCUUUCCGGAGCUUCGCGUUUUCGCUGACGCCAAUCCGCUUGACGCUUUGGAGUCGGUUGCCGGGAUAGUUCAGCUUGUGGCCGAUGACGAGAAGCGGGCGGCCCUGCGGCGCUGGCUCGCCACCACUUCGGACGACUUUGGUGCUCAAUGCUCCUGGGUGCGCCGCCGCUGUGCUUUGGAAGAGGCCGUGUGGUUGCUGCUCCUACGGAGGUGCUCAAACAGGCCGAAUCAGAGUGGUCUCCUCGCUGGACGGCUCGCCGCGAUCGUUCUGACGCUGCUGUGCUUCAUGCUCUUCGUGCUCUCCCUGAGCAUGGCUCAGUCCAUGAAGGGCAAGGCCCCGGGGGUGGACCAGUGGAGGGCAGAGGAGCUGUUGCUCUUGCCGCCUCCUUUCUGGCAGUCAUUAGCUGAACUUUGGCAGAGCAUCGCUGACAGAGGCGACGUACCGCGCCCUUGGCAGAGAGUGCGCAUUGCCUUGUUGCCCAAGCGGCAGGGAGGCACUCGUCCUCUUUCGCUCCUCUCUGUUGUUUGGAGGCUGGGUGCUAAGCACAUGUUGCACCAGCUCGAUGCUUGGGUGGGCCAGUGGCUUGAUCACACUUCCUGUGGCGGUGUGCCGGCCCGCUCUGGCAAGGAUCUUGUCUACCAGCUCUUGGCUGGCAUGAGGGAGCAUCCGCACUCGGCUGUUGUGGCUCAGGACUUGGCCAAAUACUUUGACGCCAUUGACGUCAGAGAUUUGAUGGUUGUGCUUAGGCGUCUUGCCGCGCCCCCCCAGCUCGUUGCAGUGGUUCAGGCGCUGUACGAUGGUCAGGAGCGCCUGUUUAGCCGAUCUGGCUUUCUUUCGGGAAGCUGGGUCCAGGCUUCCAGAGGUUUGUGUCAGGGCUGCCCGCUCAGCCCUUUGCUGGCUGCUGCAGUGCUUCGUGGGUGGUCGGCGCUCCUUGGCACGGCGGGAGCGCGGGCCGCCUCCUUUGUCGACGACAGGUACUUCUGGGCAAGCAGCCCCGGCGCCCUUCGAUCGGCUAAGGAAAUGUGCCAUCGCGGCGUCUUCGACCUCUCGAGCAUUGCUGGUGAGGUCGCGGCUGCUUGUGGCUACUCUCGAGUGGAGCAGCUCACGAUCCUGGGCCUCACCCUCGACUUUGGGCGUGAAGGUGCUGCUGUGCCUGCCGCUUUUGCUCUUUGCCACGUGCGGCGCAGGCUGAGGCUUGUGGCAGUUCUCACUCGCAAUUUCAUUGCUCGCCGCGCGUUGUUGCGCCGCUUGGUCAUGCCGAUGAUCAUUUGGGCCGGUGCCUUCGGGGUCAUUUCGGCCGAGGAUGCGCGGGCUCUUAGACAGGACUUUCUGUUCAGGGUGGGAUCCGCGACGGCUCGGGACAAGGCCAUGCCGCUCUGUCUGGCAGUGCUGGGCUAUGAGUGCGACCCGUGCUUCAUGAGGCACUGGUCGGUGUUGCAAGAGGUGGUCAGGCUUCGCACUGUCACCCGCGCCUGGCAAGACACGGCGCCGCUUUCGGUUGCGCUGAGGCCUCUGGUGCAGACUUUGCCGGUGGUCACUUCGAUCCUGCGUGAGCUUGGCUGGCAGCUUUCUGCUGAUGAGAGGAGUCUGCAAAGACGCGACGUGCUUGGUGUUUUGCGCAGCUUUCGCUUUGGCUUUGAUAGUCGUCAGGUUCUCCAAACUUGGCUUGCAGACUUCCACCGCCGUGCUGACGUCAAGAGCUGUGGGAGGAUCAAGAUUGAUUACCACCGGGCCGAUCAGGGCCUUGCGAGAGGACCUUCGUUGCCGGUCCCUGCGGAUCCGCUGUGCCUUUUUGCCGGCCAUCACAAGCUCUACGGCGCUGGCUCUUUGGCUCUGGACAAGCUGUGCCUUGGCCACGGCUGCUCGGCGUGGGACAGGCAGAAAGCCCAGCGACUUGAGGAGUUGCCGACGUGCGCGUGUGGGUUGGAGGCCCCCAGCAGGCCUCACUUGUUGUGGGCGUGUACUCACUUCCCUCAGUGCACUGCUGCUGUUGGCGCUCCGUGUGAUCGCAUCCAGGAGCGGUUGCUCGGCUGUGCUGUUCCCGAGUGGCCGGCACCGCCGCCGGUGUUGGACACCGCUGAGGUUGUCGAAGACUUGGCCGAGGCUUUGCGCGCCGCAUGGUCUCCCGAGCGGCCCUGGCUUUUCGUUGCGACCGAUGGCUCCUGUCAGGCGGAGGUUGCCUCCUACUCCGUCGUCCUCGACCAAGGUGCUGAGGUCGCUGGUGUUGAGGGUGAGGAUCAGACGUCGUACAAGGCCGAGCUGAGUGCUUUGGCUUUGCUCAUCCGGGCCGCGCUCUGCCUGGAGCUCGUUGGCACUUUGUGGGUCGUCGUUGACUGCAAGUCUUUGCUGGACGCCAUUGCUGGUCGCGGGGCGCUUGGCUCCUUGGUGAUGCAGAUCUCAGCUGGCAUUGCUGUGCUUUCCUCCAGGGGUUUGCAGGUGAAGCUGGAGUGGGUGCCGAGCCAUGGCAAGCCUCUUCCUGCUGGAUGGGUCGCGGCCUCUGGCGCUUCUGAGGCUUGCUUGAGGGCGCUCAAUGAGCGCGCUGACCAUGCCGCACUUCGCUUUCCAGUGGGACGCUGGGUGAUUGAUACGCCCAGGCGGCUGGCAGUUCUCUCAGAGAUCUGCUGCCGUGUCAUCUUCCUUUUCUUCUUCAUUGGCAGCAUUGUUUGCAAUUCGAUCGGGCAUGCUAUCAAGGGCUGCCCGCACAUGCAGUUCGAGGGCUUUGGUGAGGUCGAGGACCCGGAGGCCCGCAAAAGCAAAUUGGCGGCCGAGUUGGCCAACGGCCGUCUGGCCAUGAUGGCCAUCAUUGGCAUGUUCUUCCAAGACGGUCUAACCGGCUCUGCAUGGGGUGAUUGGGCACUCUACACAGCUUCGCCGCUGCGCGCCGAGGCAGAAGAGGAGGCCCCCAAGCCACCGCCUUUCGAUCCUGCCAAGCAGGUCGGAGCUAUGGCGCCGCUUGGUUUCUUCGACCCUGCAGGCUUUGCACAGCUCACAGCUUUGUCUGUGGCCACGGGCCCUUCGAUCAGGCUUCAGCAAGGUCUUGUGUUCGGAUAUCCGACUUUCGUGGCUUACCAGGAAGACAGCUGCAUCCUCGAAGCUGCAACAAGAAAUGUCGAUGCCACGAUGCUUGCUCGGCUUGCUCUGCAAAGCGAGGAGAUGCCGGCCAUGGAGCUAAUGGCGGCCAUGGGCCUGGCGGGGACGGAGGUUUUUCGGUACAACCGAGAGAAUUUCGAGUUUGACCAGGAACAACGUUUCAGCCGUGAUGAAGUCCGGGUCAAGAUGCAGGUCGAGCUAUUUAAUCUCUUCCGCGAAGACAUUCGAGACUUGGUAGAGAUGACCACCAGCAAGAUGAACCUGUAUCACCUGGUAGGUGCAUUAUUCAUAAAGAUGAUCUGUAUUUAUUUCUGCGAGGGCUUCUUUGAGGAAGGGCUUCCUCCCUUCCUUCUCUGCUAUUACUAUGUGUCGCAGGGAAGCUCCGUUGUUUAUCUCAUCAUGGCCGUGUGGCUGUCCAUGCAUGCUUCCGUGACUUCACACAGCUACGCGACGCGCGUGCUGACGCGCUUCAUCCGGUUGCCCAUCCCCGGGAGCUCGCAGCUGAAUGUCUUGAAUGCGCGCUUUGCGGACUUUGAGAGGCAAGGCCGGCAGAUGUUGCGAAUACCCUUCUUGAACAAGGCGAACAACAAGUGGCAAGACCGACCACAGCUCGAGGCACAGCGAGAAGCUCCGUCGGACAAUUUGGGAGAUGGCAUCUGGGCCUAUGGAGGAUUGAUGAAACUCGACGUGGCCGGUUAUGAGGAAGACAUCAUGAAGGCAGUGCACCACCGAACUCAGCGUCACAUCCAGCUCUUUCGGCGUCUGCAAGCACUCUGGCAAUGCUACGACGCAUAUGCGCGAGUUUGCAUGUCCCUGGGCGUGAGGAUGAUGCUCCAGGGCAUCUCCUACUAUCUCCUCGGCAUAUGCUGGGUGCAGAUCAAUGCUCCAUAUGUGGCCGCAGCAUGCGUUGUGGUGUUUCAGUUUUUGGCUCUGAACUUGGCCGCCCUCGACAUCCAUGGUGUCAACGACCUCUCGCUCAUAGGGGCGUUGCCCAGUCUUUGUGCCAUCAUGGCUCUUGCCUGCGCGCAGCGAACGACCUUGGGCGAGCUGGACUCAGAACAAGUCUAUGUGCUGACACUGAUCAUGUAUCCGAUGGAAGUGCUGUGGUUCGAGAUGCUCCACUGGUUGGCAUCUCCUAUGGGUGAUGCUGGAUUUCUGCCUCGACAGUUCAAGUCGGUCCUUUUCAUGGAUGUCUUCAGUGACCUCAAUGAAUCUGGAGUGAUGACGAGUGAGGAGAAGGAGGUUGUAGAACUAAGGCCUGACCUGUUCGCGACGGCUCUUCAGCUUCGCACAGACUUCGAGAUGUCCGGUCAUUGUCAGGAAGGUUAUGGGCUGCCAGGAGCAAGCAGCAUUGGCAACCAGUCCGACAUUCCAAAUGUACCGAAGACAGACGGCUUGACGGGCAGUGCUUGGGGCGAUUGGGCUACCUACACGGCAUCACCCCUCCGAGCUGAGCCUGUGUCUGCGGCUGCGGCGGCCGCAGCAGCCAAAGUAGCGGCUGCCAAGGCAGGCGAGGAUGUUCCUCCCGAGCCCAGUUUCGAUCCGGCCAAUGAGGUGGGUGUGACCGAGCCCUUCGGCUACUUUGAUCCGGCUGGCUUCUGCAAGAAGGGUGACAAGGCUGGCUUCCGCAACUUGCGCGCGGCCGAGAUCAAGCACGGUAGGGUGGCCAUGAUGGCAGCAGUAGGUGCCGUUUUCCAGCACUACGUGAAGUUCCCUGGCUUCGAAAGCGUUCCGGCCGGGCUUGGUGCGGUGGAAGUCGCACCGGGCACAUACGGUUUCGCGGCGCUCUUCGCCAUCGCAGGCCUGCUGGAGCUUGGCGCCUGGACGGAGGACCCUUCCAAGGAGCCCGGAAAUUUUGGGGACCCGGCGGGCCUGAACCAGUACACGCUGGAGAUGCGCAACCGUGAGCUCAACAACGGUCGCAUGGCCAUGUUUGCAGCCAUCGGCAUCAUCGCCGCAAACGUCUACACCGGCAAGGAUGCCAUCGAGCAGUUCGGACUUGCGUAA